AUGAAAAAAGAAAGCAUAUCUAUAGAAAAGCAGGGCCCUCGCAUAAAAUAUAGGGCACCUCCAGCACCUCCUUCUCUAUCCGCAGAUGAGCUAAUCAGGGCGCGCAGGUCAUAUAUAACUUUGGCUAGGCCGCGCCAGUCAUAUAAUGAAAGCCUGAACAAUACAGCGCUGCAUCAACCUCAACCAUACAAUACUAGUCAAAGGGACUUCUUUGUUGCAGAUAAUGAGAAUGACUCAAGUACUAAGCCGCUGUCCAGACAAAAAAGACAAAAGAGAGGCAGCCAGCACUCAGGCGGAAACCGGGAUAUUCCAUGCAUUUGCAGUCCAAUAGAAAGAUACUUUUCCCGCAUAGUUCAAAAGCUAUUUAUUAAGUUUAUUUUUCCUCUUCAGCUUUACAUAUCAUUGGGAUAUUGUAUUUUUAUACUAAGCAAUUGGAUCGGAAUAGUAAUGAUUUACAGAGUUAACAUGGAGGAAUUUCCUCUUUUAACAUAUGGUGGUGUAUUUUUUGACAACACUGUUAUUGCAGGAGCAGCAGGCCUUCUAAUAUACUUGUACAGCAUUAUGAGGUACAACUAUUAUAUUAGGAGAAGCCCCUACAUGAUGAAAUGCUUUAUGAAGAUGCUCACCAUUAUACUCGCUACUAGCAUGGUUUUCUUAAUUAUUAAGGUCAUUAAUAUAAAGCUUAUAACAAUAAUUAAUGAGCAUGCGAUAUGGCCUUUUCUAAUGUACACGUUCAUUUUAUUAACAGGCAUAGGGUCUGUUCUGGGAAUAUGCGAAAAGUGGCUGUUAAAUUGCCGAAGAUCAAAGAAGUUUGCAUUCUUUAACCCAUUUGGGGGAAUAGAAAGCUUUUUAUAUUAUUUGACCCACUUUGCCACAUGUGUGGUUAUGGUUUUAGUGACUAUUUUUAUUUUAAGUAAUUACAACGAGGCUAAAACUCAGAAGGAUUUCAACCCAAAGUCAAACAUUGUUUUUCCUAGAUUUAUAGAAGAGCUGCCUUUUUUCUUCUCGAAUUCAUUUAAUGAAACAAACAUAUUGUAUGAUAAAGUAAAUCAUACAAAUAAUGCUUCUAUGAAAACAUAG